AGAGCUGCAGCCAGACUGAGGGUAGAGAGGAGCAGUAGGCAGAGAUCAGAGGUUCCCAGUCAGACACAGGUCCUCACAUCUUCCAUCCCAUCACCAUGAGGUUUGAGGAGAUCCUGGACGAUGUUGGCGGCUUCUCAAAAUUCCAGUUCCUGCUGAUGGUCAUCCUGUGCCUCCCCCGUAGCAUCCUCCCUCUCCACUUUCUCCUGCACAACUUUGUCUCUGCCACCCCUCCUCAUCGCUGCUCUCUCAAGAGCCUGGAGCAAAGUGGUGGAGACAGCUGGGGCUCGGACCCCGAGGUAUUAGCCCUGAGGAUCCCCCGCCAGGACAACGGCUCCUUCAGCUCCUGCAGGAUCUAUGAUCCCCCGAUGACCGUUGACCUCGGCCAAGGAAACAAGACUGCACCUUGUCCCAAUGGAUGGGUCUAUGACCAGUCCCAGUUCAGCUCCACAACUGCCACCGAGUGGGAUCUGGUGUGUGACAACAAGAAGCUGAAUCAAGCUCUCGCUACUUACUUCUUUCUUGGUGUCACGUUCGGAGCCGUCGUGUUUGGACAGCUUUCCGACAAGUUUGGUCGUAAGUCGAUGCUUCUCGUGGCUUUAAUUGCCUCCACCAUGCUGGGGACCACCUCAGCUUUCUCCACCUCCUACAUCAUGUUUGCCAUCUCCAGAGCGCUGUGCGGCAUGGCCCUCAGUGGACUGUCCAUCAUUGGCGUGGUCCUCGGCAUCGAGUGGACGGAUGUAAAGCACCGGACCUUCACCGGUACCAUCAUGAGUUUGUCGUGGAGCAUGGGGAACAUGCUUCUAGCCCUGCUGGCCUACUUCGUACGAGACUGGAGGCACCUGACACUGGUGGUGACAGCGCCCUGCAUCGCUGCCAUCAUCUCCUGGUGGUGGUUGCCUGAGUCGGCCCGCUGGUUGCUAGUCAACGGCAAAACGGAGGAAGCCAAGAAGUAUCUGGUCCAGUGUGCUAAAAUGAAUGGGAGGAGAGAAUCUGCAUACAAACUGGACCCUGAGGUUCUGGGGAAGGUGACGGUGGCUGAGGUGACUGAGAAAAACCACUCCUACCUGGAUCUGGUCAGAACCCCUCAGAUGAGGAGGAUCACCCUCUGCUCCGGGUUGUUCUGGUUUGCUGUUGGCUUCCUGUACUAUGGGAUUAGUUUCAAGAUCUCAGGCUUCGGCGUCAGCAUCUACCUCACUCAGUUCAUCUACGGUGCUGUAGAAACUCCCGCUAAGAUCCUCACUUUCUUCGUCCUGGACUGGAUCGGCCGGCGAAACAGCCAGGCGUGGUUUCUCAUCACAACAGGAGCUUUGAUUGGAAUAAAUGCAGCCAUACCUUUAGAGUUCUCUGUGCUUCGAACCAGCAUCGCAGUGGUGGCGAAGGGAUUCUCAGAGGCGGCAUUCACCACGGCAUUCCUCUACUCAACGGAACUCUUCCCAACCAUCCUUAGGCAGUGUGGUCUGGGCUACACUUCCUGUGUCUGUCGGAUCGGGAGUUCCCUGGCUCCCAUGAUCAUGCUCCUGGAGGACGUCUGGCUUCCUCUGCCGCCUCUCAUCUUUGCCGGGACUGGGAUUGUCAGCGGCAGCUUGGUCUUCCUCCUCCCAGAGACGCUCAAUGUCCGUCUGCCUGAAAACAUCUUAGACGUGGAAGAAGGAAGGUAAAGCACAGGGAGAACGAUGCAAAUGGAGGAGCAAAUAUUGAGCUGAAGAACAUUAAUUGUGAAGACUCAUCUCAGGAGAAGUGAUCAGCAGAGGAGAUGUUCUUCAGAUGGAUUAGGGCUUUCAUAUCAUCAUGUAGAUCACCAGAUGUUUAAAUCAUGUCUUCAGGACAACAGACAACUCUGAGUGUUUUGAUUAACGCAGCUUUUAAACUGUUUUUAAAGUCAGAUUUUCUUUCAUAGGAAUUUUGGACAAACCUUUUGCCAUUUGAGGCAAAAUAAAAACCAAUAAAUUCCCCAUUUUACACAGAAUACAGCAGAAAAAGGAAAAAUGCAGAGACUGGAAGACACUUAUCUGAAAUGUACUUUAUUAUCCUACAUAUAAAAAUAAAAUUACAACAAAAUGCUUCCCGAGUUCUUUGUGCUCUGAUUGGAGAUCUUUAUUUUAAUAUAUAUUGUCACAUUAACUUUUGGUUAAACAUAUAGAAGUAAAGCCUUCAAGAUAAAGCUGAAACUCCAUCACUGAAUAUAUCAAAGAUUAGCCAAAUGACUGAUCUCAAAUGAGGAUGAGAAUAUCAUUAGCUUUGCAGGAUUUUGGUAAUACUUUAUGAUCAAAAUGACAAAGUCAGACAAAAAAAGACAAAAAACCAACAAAAACAAGAAAAGAUAUGACAAAAAUGAGACACAAAAUGACAAAAAUGAGAAAAAAUUACAAAAGCGAGAAACAAUGACAAAAAAACACAACCGAGGAAAAAAAACACAAAACAACAAAAAUGAGACACAAAAUGACAAAAGUGGGACAAAAAAAUUACACAAA